AAACUGCAGACGGCGGAGAGAAUUAUAAAGACGGGGAAAAUGGUGCUAAUGUUUGUAUAAAAUGUGUGAUUUUUCAUACUAUUUUGUUAUAGAUAUAACCGUAAACGUUAACAUUAUUACAAUCAUGAAGGUGACAGUUGAUUUUUAUUCUUUUGUGAUAAGAGUUAUGUGGACUUCUUUAUGUUCUGUUUUCGUGCAUGGACAUACCGAUACUUCAUAUUAUGCAGAUUUAGGUAAAGAAUUUUACGAGCCUCAUCGGAGCAAUAGUCAAAAUUACAUAAAGAGUAUAUCAGUCUCACACGCCCGAGAGCUGGAUAAAGAGCACCUGAGGGGUUUAUAUAGCAAACUCAAUAACCUACCAGAACUAAUGAACCGAAGAUUUCAGGUGGGAUCCAAGCCUCCCCCAGUACCUGUUGAUACCUAUAGUUUUCAGAAACGAAACUCGGUUGACCUGCUGCGUGCGCAGCCAGUGUGCCCCUAUAAAACUGAAUGGCGUCUUAUACAUCGUGCUAAGAACAUCAACGAUUCGGAGGUGAUAGUGUUUCAGCCAGAAAUUGAAACCGAUGGCUUCCAGUGGUUUUACACCGCUACUUGUGAUAGAACGGCGUCCUUCCUAGCCGACCCAGAAUGUCCCUCGUGCUGUAGAGGAAUAGACACCACUCGAUAUGUCUCUAGCUGUGUUCCGAAGAAAUCUUACAUCAUGGCGUACGCUCGACAAGCUCAAGAGUUAAACUACGACUGGACCUGGAUUCAAAUUGACACCGGAUGCAGCUGUGCGAUAUCAUCGCGUUCGGGCGUCUAAUGACCUUAAUAGCGUUAAAGUAGUUUAUUGACAAAGGGAAAAAAAAUUAUUAUCUUACAUGAAGGAAUCUAAUAUGUAUGUGUGGAAUGUUUACAUGCUAUAAGCAACGAUAUCUUUUGCUUUCUGUAUUUCAUUUUAUAAUAUUUAUUAUAUUUAGAAUUAAGUUAUUCAAGAACAUCAGACAAGGGCACAGACGGAAGUUUAUGUGUAUCUAUAAUUCCUUAAGAUAUUUGUACUUAACAUGUUCAUUUUAUGAUGAAAUGGUGAAAACGGUUUAAAAGAUUUAGAAAAGAUUCAAACAUAAUUUUUUUUGUUUAUUUAGUCUUUGUUUUUGAAACAAGAUCUAUUCAAUACAAACAACUGUGAGAUUAGGAAAUUGAUUGUAGUUUACUUUAAUAAAAUAUUCUUUUAAUAGUGACU